AAUUUAACAAAUCAUCUAAAUAAAAAAAGCUUGUAUUAAGAGUUGUGACACAGAAACCUAAUAACUAAGCUUUACAUACCCUUUUGAAAGUUUUUGAACUUAUUGAUUAUAAUAUCGCAUAAAUAAAAAGUAAACGAAACCUUCCCUUGCACCAAUUUUAAUAAAAGCGAAGGUUCAGCUCGAUGCACUUCGCCGAUGGUCUCCGAAACAAAGCAAUCUCAUUAAGAUCGAUAAUCUACGGCAGCCGCCCGGGAGCCAUAAAAUGUCUAUGUAUGCGGAGUCAGCGGAGCCCAAAGCCCAAAUGAACAGCGACACCGCCGCUGUGGUGACGAGCGCUUUGAUUGGAACGCCUCUUGAUGCGACAUGCAUAUCAAUUAAUUACCCCCACAACUCUGGUGACCGUUGAUACAUUUGGCUGGGUCCGGUGGACAGUGGACACUGGGUCAGGCGGGGAUUGGGUAAUAUGAUUUUGGGGAUAUUACAACAGAAUACGAGAGCUGGAGACCGAUUGCAAAUCGCUGGCCACUGCCACUCUUUUGGACUCGAACCGAUCGAGCCCGUGCAGUUGGCCGAAUUUAUUCAAAUCAGUUGAAUUCCGCGUGAGGAAGCGUCGAGGUGUCGUCUCUCUUCUGAUCCCCGUUGUAGCUACUGCAAUGUGCAAAUACGUCUUAAUUGCUGCACUGGCCGUGAUGAGCUCCGUCCCACGAGUCCGGGCCACGCUGCACGACCUGCCCGGGGUCUUUGACUUCUCCAACCUGGAUCUGGUCAAUUUCCAGUACUUCAAGAACCUGCCCUCUCAGGAUCCACGCACCGCUGCCACUGCCAAUCCCUUUAUAGAGCACUUCCAAAAGAAGAAGGCUGUUCUGGACUACUUCGACCGUCUCUUCUUUGGAAAUUCACCAUUCCAGCAGCCCAGCGAGAUUCCCUUUGAUCCACACUUUGGCCGAGCAUGGCGGCCAGUCUACGAACGAAAGUUUGGCUAUCGUGGUGAGCGUCUCAUCGCCGCCUUGGGAUCCGGGUACUCCGUGAAGCAGCUCCGCCACUUUGGAGCUAUUCCCCGGGAGUACGGAACGCCGCAUUAUCCCAGCUGAGUGUAUUAAUUGUUUUAUAAUCGAAGUAGUGCGAGUAUUUAUGAAAUAAACCUAAGUGGUCCUAUUUAAA